GAGGAUACUAAGGGUUGUUUUCGGUGUAUGACAGAAGGAUCGGAAAGUAAGUCAUUGUGCAGACUACUGCGUACUGAGUUAUAAUGGCUGGCUGGGAAAUGUGGUAUACCUCGCUUGUGCUCCUAGCUACUGUCACUCAUAAAGUAUCUUCAAAUUCACUAGAGAUGGAUUUGGCACCAGAUGCGGUAGACGAUGCCUACUCUGCAUGUCGAGAGCAGAUGCUGCAAAAGGUUUUGGCCAAAGACGGAAUUCUUCAGACAGAGCUCGGCAAGGACAGUGUAUUUAAGUCAGCAUGGAACGCAUCCCAGGGCUGCGAUAAAACAAUCUCUGGAGGUCAACAGGAGCAUACUCAGGCAUUGCAAAGUUUUGUUAAUUUUGGGGAUUUGACAAAAAAAGUCAAUAAAGCUGUCAAGACCCAGGGUGGAAAUGUGGACAUCUACACCAACCAGUUCCAGUAUAAGUCCCUACAUUUCCUGCUGAUGGACGCCAUGCGCCUUCUAAACAAGACAGAGUGUCGCACUGUAUUUUCCAGCACUUUUGAUGACAUCACUGCAGUAAAAGGAGCUGAUGUGCGUUUUGGAACAUUCGUAUCAGCAGAGAGUGACCGAGGCUUUGUAGAGGAGGGCUGUGUUGAUGGUGGAACACUGUUUAACAUCACCACAUGUUCUGGGAUCAAUGUGGAAAGCAAUGUCUGUCGUUCAGAAGAAACCACCAUGUUAAUAUCCCCAGUGGAGCUGUUUAAAGUGGUGGAUGUGAAUACAAAUACAGAAUGCAGAAGGGAGAUUGUGUUGACCUCCUUAGGAUUCAAGAGUGAUCAUGAUUGUUACCUAUUCCCCAGGGUUGAUACUACUAAGUCUCCUCCAACAACUCACACUACUUCGACUACAAAGGACCCUAUUGGAUCCUCCACCCAGUGGAUGAGCUCUCAUGGAGUUGUUCUCCUUGCAACACUUCUUAGCAUGUGCUCAAUUUUUCUUGCACUGUGAUUCACUCCCUAAACACAAUCAUUUUCUCUCUCUCUCUCUCUCUCUCUCUCUCUCUCUCUCUCUCUCUCUCUCUCUCUCUCUCACACACACACACACACACACACACACACACACACACACACACACACACACACACACACACACACACACACACACACACACACACACACACAAGAAGCACUGCAGUGGGCCAUGUGCAAAAACACUCUCAUCAGUGAAGCAUUCUGGAUUGCAUUGUAAGAAUCAGUGUAUAAAUUCCAUACCAUUUUACAGUUUUUUCCAAUCGUAUACACACUAAAAUUAAGGUUAUCAGACAGUUAACAAUACUUAGCACUUAAGAAGCAAAACACCUGCGCAGAGCAGUACAACAUUAAGCACAAAUUCAGCUUCACACUUUUUGCAAAACAUUACACACAGUGAAUGUCAAAACGUAAAACACAUUUUCACACCUUAGACACAGAUAAAGAUUGUUAGGUACUUCCUUCUCAUUACAAAGCCCUGGCUUGCCAAUGACCACACUAAUGAACAAAUUGAAUAGUCACAUCCACCAGGUGUGUAAGCACACAUGUGCAAAAUUGAAAACGCAGCACUCAGGUGUGUUAUGCUUGAUCCUCGAGGGGCGUUCCCACUGAUCUAUAACUAACACUGGAUAGACUAUCCCAUUGUUUUCGCCCCAUUAUUCUUUAUGUCGAUCAGUGAGGAUCGAGGCCCGAGGAGCGAGGGAGGAUGUAUAAAAGCCCAAAUGAGAGGCACCCAUAGCCUGUGAUUUGGAUGAACUCUUAUGGCUUGAUCCAGCAAGACGGAGAGAUGAUUAGAGUGUUGUUGUUACUUGUUUGUAUUGUUGCUUUAGUUUUUCUUCAGUGACUGUAAGUGUACAGUACUUUUUAUUUGUGUAAUUUUUUUUUUCUACACUUUACAGUAGUAAGAACUAUAAUUUUGCCAUUUUCUGUUGAUUGACUUGUCACUGUAACUGAACAUAUGGUACAGUGAAAGAAAGAAUUAUUGUCUGCAGCAUCAGUUUUGUGCAUUGCUUGAUGAGGGUUCAUCAAAAUAUUUUUGUCAUCUAAAUUAUCCUAUUGCUCUCAAACAAUAUGUCUGAAUAACAUCCAUAUAUUGGAAGAGGGUUUUUACAGAUGUGUUUUGAAUUUAUUGUGUUGGUGUGUAUAAGAUAGCGACAGUGUGGAAUCAUUCAAAGAAUGUGUUAGUGAUAUGAGAACAGUAUAAGGUUUUAUCAAUGUGUUUAUUGUUUUGACAGAAAUAUUUCAUUUUGCUAACAAUCUGUUAUGUUCUGCUGAUUGGGUGUGGUGUUUGGCUAAUUGUGUGAUAUGUUUUGACAAAAAGAGCCCUGUUUUCAAAAUUGUGUGUAAACGAUUGGAAAAAACUGUAAUUUCAUUCUUCCUUGGAUAAAAACUUAAAAACUUGCCACUGAUGCCACUGAUUGCUCAGGUUGAUAGAAUGUUGCUGAAUGUGUUCAAGGGAUAUGUCUUGGUUAAAUUGAAGCAGUUCAUCUACAUUCUAUUGCUUUUCUUAAACCACUCUGACUAUGAUGCUGUCCUUUGUAUGGUGUAUCCCACUGUUCUACAUUGAAAUUAUUUUGCAAACUAAGUUUUUACCUUAAAUCUGUAGUUAAGUGUUGUGGGUAGGGUGACCAUACAUCCGGAUUUUGGGAGGACAGUCCGGUUUUCGAGCAAAAAAAGAGAAUGCAAGAGAGAGGUCUGGACAAAGGGCACGGAAACCGGACUGUCCUCCCGAAAUCGGGACGUAUGGUCACCCUUGUUGUGGGUUGCUUGACUUAACACUCUCACUUAACUCUGGCCAUCAGGAGCCCCAGACUGGGGGUUAGACCAGUACUGAUUGAAAGGGCCCCAUGGGGAGAGAGGGCCCUUGAAAAGUCUUUUUAACUGGAUACUUUAAUUUCCUGAUUAAAUUUCAUAAUAAAUGUCAGAUGAAAUGUUAA